AUGUCAUUUUCAACAACAAACUUCGGUUGCAAAGUAUUUCAUUACAUACAGACAUUUCCUAUCGCUGCAAGUAGUCUUUGCCUUUUAAUGCUAUCAUUAGAUCGUUAUGCAACUGUAAAACAUCCAAGGUUCACUCAACUUCGGCAACGUCAAUAUCUUCCGUCAAUUUUGUCGUUUGUUUCAUGGAUAGGGUCUGGAAUUUUAUGCAUUCCUUUCAUAUUUGCCUACAAGGUUACAACAAAAAUGUUGCCGACAUCUCAUUGGUCACUAUCAGAUGAACAGAAGAAUGAUGAAGCGUCGUCAUUUUUCUACCAUGAUGGAAAUUUGAUGGUUGAAAAGAAUGUUUGCAGUUCUGAUUACGGUUCAGAUGAGUGGCAUUUAAUAUUCAUUGUGACGUACGUUUGUAUCGGAUUUAUAGGACCGUGCUUUGGUAUCAUAUUCAAUCAUUUAGGUGUUCGAAGAAAAUUGUGUGCUCUUUCAUUGACAGCACGAGCGCAGCAUGGUGAAUUACCAUUACCAAUGCCAACUAUAUUAAGAAGGCCUACCCACAUGAUUCUCGUGACUGGAAUGACAGCAAACGGUUUAAACGUGCAAGAAUCGUCGCAAAGCAAUUUUUUGAGUCCUCAAAAAAGCAGCAACAGAAACAGUAAAGACAGCGAAAGCAAUCAAUGCGCAUUAAAUCGACUGAAUUGUAAUCGAAGAUUUAACGGAUCGUCAGGGAGUGGAAUAAAUCCAUCAAGUAAGAAUGGUGUUGGUGGAACGGCAGAAGAACAUCGAACUUUAAUAAUGGAGACAAAAUUUCUCGGGUCUGGUCCUAAAACACCGAGAUCUGUUCGUCAUGUACAAAAUCAGCAGAAACGCGCUCGGCUGCCUUUGCCACCAUGUCCCCCUGCUGAACUUCCAUUACCUCAAACAUCGACUCUUCGAAGUCGUAGAAGGUUAGCAAAUAUUCUGGUAGCAGCUGGCUUCAUAUACAUGCUCUGUUGGCUACCUCAUGUGUGCUGUUUAGUGAUAAGAGAAUUCUCAAUCAAUGAUGGAUGUUCUUCUACGAAGAGAGAGUUUUUUAUGCUCUUAGGAUUUACACAUUCGGCUGUUUCUCCAAUAAUUCAUUGGAUUCUUAAUUAUAACUCAUUGCGUCAAUCAUCUUGCCAGCCUUUUGCUAAAUUUAAUUCUGCACAAAGAUUUCUCCGGUCUCAUCUCCGUUUUACUGGUCCACCGCCAGCCCCACCUUCAAGCACCAAUGAAGCUGCUCUUGGCCCUUUUAAUCCCAAAUUCAUUAAACAACGUCCACAAACCUACAAACCACCAGCAUCUUCUCAUUUCCUGUACUAA